AUGAAGAUCUCUUUUUCUUCUAUUCUCCUCAUAUUCAUUGUCAUUUUCAUCACUUCUUCUUCAGAAAAUAAUAAAAUGGUAGGAGAAGCAAAGAAGUACUGUUUUGAUAAGUGGAGAUGUGAAGGAGAAGACGAGUGCAGACAAAAAUGCAUUGAUGUUCAUAAGGGAAAUGGAAUAUGUGAUUUGUUCACUGCUUUUCCGGUUCCUAAGGAAUGUUUAUGCCGAUAUGAUUGCUAG